AUGUUCCGCCAACUCGCUAGACCAGCUUUCCGCGCCAGCAGGCUGCCAGCUACCCGAUCUUUCUCCGUGGCCGCCGUCAGAAUGACUGAGGGCUCUACCGGCGCUCCCCGUUCCGGAGGCUCGCACUCUGGCGAUGCCUGGACCAAGAAGGAAUCUGCUGAGGAGAACCUCUACAUGAGGAAGAAGGAGCAUGAGAAGCUUCUUGCCCUUAAGGAGAAGCUCAAGCAGCAGCGUGCCCACCUCGAUGAGCUUGAUGCCCACAUUGAUGAGCUCACCAAGAACCAGGGUGGUGAACAGAACUAG